GGUCCCCAGGGGACCCUAUUUGCACGAUGCAUUAACAAAUGUAGUAACCAAUUCACAACAAACAGAAUUCAAGGACGAAUUGCAAUUUCAACUUACGUGACCAACACUGUAUGUGAUUUCAAUUCACGUGAUCACUUCGUGAUUUUAAAUACUUGAAAAGUUGAAAUUACAUGAAAGCCACCUUCUGGGGAAUAAUAAAAGUACUAUCAAGAUACAACCUUGGAUCGUCUGCCCUUUAGUGCCGGUUCGUCCUCUAUGAACUACAGGAGGACCUGACGUUCAUCACGAACAACAAACAAUUCCCAGCACAUAAAAUCCACAUAACAACAAGCCGAACGAACAAGUUGCCGUGAACUAAGCACAACAGCACAAUGCAGAGUAUUUUUCGAAAUGUACGCCAUUGCACCACUUUUUCGCAAAAUCGGGCGAAUCUAUUGGAAGCAACUCUUAUUCCAUCGUCAGCCUCAUCUAUAAAUAGAAAAUAUUCUGCUCAAGGAACGGAGCCUGAAUAUGACAUUGUUAUUGUUGGUGGAGGAAUUGUUGGGAUGGCAACGGCCAGGGAGAUGAUCAUGAGACACCCUAACAUGAAAUUUGCAGUUGUUGAAAAAGAAAACUGUUUGGCUGCACAUCAGAGUGGACACAACAGUGGAGUCGUUCAUGGUGGGAUUUACUACAAGCCUGGAUCACUGAAGGCUAAACUUUGUGUUGAAGGACUCCACCUCUCAUACAAGUACUUUGACGAGAAAGGGAUUCCCUACAAAAAAUGUGGAAAACUUAUUGUUGCUGUUGAAAAACAAGAGUUGCCAAGAUUGGAAGAUCUCUACAACAGGGGGAUUCAAAACGGUGUCCCAGAUAUUCAAAUGAUUGAUGGAGCCAAAAUCAAAGAAAUUGAACCAUACUGUCAGGGUCUUAAAGCAGUGUGGUCGCCUCAUACAGGUAUUGUAGAUUGGGGAUUAGUCACCCAGUAUUACGGCGAGGACUUUAAAGCCUUAGGAGGUGACAUUCACUUAAAUUUUGAAGUGAAAGAUUUCAAAGUUUCCGAAGAAAGUAAAGUAAAGGCCCUCGCGAGCAAUAAAAAAGGAGUGCAGGUCACGGCAAGCAAUGGGCAAUCUGUUCGGUGCAAAUACGUUUUGACCUGCGGUGGCCUUCAAUCAGAUCGUCUGGCUGAACUUUCAGGCUGUUCUAGAGAGCCACGAAUUGUUCCUUUCCGUGGCGAAUAUCUUCUGCUCAAUCCAAAGAAAACACAUUUAGUGAAAGGCAAUAUUUACCCGGUUCCCGAUCCUCGUUUCCCAUUCCUUGGCGUCCACUUUACUCCAAGAAUGGACGGAUCUGUUUGGCUGGGCCCAAACGCAGUUUUAGCUCUGAAGCGCGAAGGAUAUAGUUGGGGAGACAUCAACCUGCGAGAUCUCUUUGAUUCUUUGCGCUAUCGCGGAUUCCAGAAGUUGGCAGUCAAGCACGUCGCAUUCGGUCUCCAAGAAAUAGUACGAUCUGCCUUUAUUAGUUUGUCCCUCAAAGAACUGCAAAAGUACAUACCGGAGGUGCAGUCUUCCGACAUCUCCAGAGGACCAGCUGGGGUCCGUGCUCAAGCCCUUGAUGCCGAUGGAAGUCUGGUGGAGGAUUUCGUUUUCGACUACGGAAUGGGCGAAAUCGGUCGUAACGUAAUUCACUGUCGAAACACCCCUUCACCUGGUGCCACGAGUUCGCUCGCCAUCGCCAAAAUGAUCGCCGAUAAAGCCGAAAAGGACUUUCUCCUGAAAUGAUCCACCUUCUAGAAUAUUGUUACUUGCCCUCCCCCUCCCCAUUCCCCGAUUUAUGAAUAGUCGCUUCUUGUUGAUAGAGCUAUUACAGUUGACGUUAUCCCCUUA